GGCGCCCCGGCAAGCAGCCCCGAAGGCGGCCGUCAUGGCCGAAGUCCGCAAGUUCACCAAGCGGCUCAGCAAGCCCGGCACGGCGGCCGAGCUCCGGCAGAGCGUCUCGGAGGCUGUGCGCGGCUCGGCGGCGCAGGAGAAAACAAAGGUGGUUGAACCCCUGGACUAUGAAAAUGUCAUCUCCCAGAGAAAAGCCCAGAUUUACAGUGAUCCAUUCCGGGACUUGCUUAUGUUCCCUAUGGAGGACGUGUCUAUAGCAGUUAUAAAUCGUCAGCAGAGAACAGUCCAGUCCACGGUGCCAGAGGAUGCUCUGAAAAAGGCACAGAGUCUCUUUGUCCAAGAGUGCAUUAAAACGUACAGUUCAGACUGGCAUGUUGUGAACUUCAAAUAUGAGGACUACUCAGGGGAUUUCCGAAUGUUGCCCUGCAAAUCCUUUAGACCAGACAAGAUUCCAAACCAUGUGUUUGAAAUUGAUGAAGACUUUGAGAAAGAUGAGGAUUCUUCAUCAUUGUGCUCGCAGAAGGGUGGGGUGAUAAAACAAGGCUGGUUGUACAAAGCCAAUGUCAACAGCACAAUCACAGUGACGAUGAAGGUGUUUAAGAGAAGGUACUUUUACUUGACUCAGCUCCCUGAUGGAUCCUACAUCCUCAAUUCGUAUAAGGAUGAAAAGUCUUCCAAAGAAUCCAAAGGAUGUAUCUUCCUGGAUUCAUGCAUUGAUGUUGUGCAGUGCCCCAAGAUGCGCCGCAAUGCUUUUGAGCUCAAGAUGUUGGAUAAGUACAGCCACUAUCUGGCUGCUGACGGUGAGCAGGAAAUGGAGGAGUGGCUGGUGACCCUCAGGAAGAUCAUUCAGAUCAAUGCAGAGAGCCUGGUGCAAGAGAAGAAGGAAGCAGUGGAAUCCCUUCCAGAUGAUGAAUCGGGCAGCCAAGGAAAGUCAGAAAACAUCUUGGAAAGCUUAGAAAGAAGCAUGCAUCCGGAGUUGAUGAAGUAUGGAAGAGAAACCGAGCAGCUAAAUAAGCUCAGCAGAAAUGACGGGAGACAAAAUCUCUUCUCUUUUGAUCCCGAAGUUCAGAGAUUGGACUUUUCUGGAAUAGAACCAGAUGUAAAACCUUUUGAAGAAAAAUGCAGCCAGCGCUUCCUGGUGAACUGUCACAACUUGUCUUUCAAUCUUCUUGCCCACCUAACUGAUCGAUCUGAAGGCCCACCCACAAAUGUGGAACCAUUUUUUCUCAGCCUUGCACUGUUUGAUUUAAAAAGCUGUUGUAAGAUUUCUGCCGAUUUCCAUGUGGAUCUAAAUCCCUUGCCUGUGCGAGAAAUGUUGAGGGAUGGUACUAUCCAAGAUUCCGGGAAUCACCUUGUGAACAGCCACUGUCUUCAUGGAGUUGCUGAGUCUCACCUGUGCUACAUAAAACAAGGGGUUUUCUCCAUAACAAACCCACACCCAGAAAUUUUCCUCAUCGCCCGUGUAGAGAAGGUGCUACAAGGAAGCAUCACACACUGUGUGGAGCCAUAUAUCAAGACCUCUGACCCAAUGAAGACUUCACAGAAGGUCCACAAAAUUGCAAAACUGGCCUGCAGCCGUCUUGGACAAUACCGGAUGCCUUUUGCUUGGGCUGCAAGACCUGUCUUCAAAGACUCCCAGGGCACCUUAGAUCUUGAAGCAAAGUUCUCACCCUUCUAUAAGCAGGACAGCAGCAAACUAUGUACAGAGGAUCUUCUGAAGUUGCUGGCCGAGUUCAAAAAACCAGAAAAGACAAAGCUGCAAGUAAUACCUGGCCAAUUAAAUGUUACAUUGGAGUGUGUUCCUCUGGAUUUGUCAAACUGUCUCACCUCCUCUUACAUUCCAAUAAAGCCUUUUGAGAGGCAGGACCAGGGCGAUGGCUUUGCUGUUGAAGUUGAAGAGUUUGUUCCUGAGAUUGCCAAGUAUUGCUACCCUUUCACCAUCUACAAAAACCAGCUGUAUGUCUAUCCCUUGCAUUUGAAAUAUGACAGCCAGAAAACAUUUGCCAAAGCUAGGAACAUUGCUGUCUGUGUGGAAUUCAAAGACUCUGACGAAGCAGAUGCCAAACCUUUAAAGUGCUUCUAUGGUAAACUUGGAGGACCCCUUCUGACAUCGAACGCUUAUGCUUGUGUGUUGCAUCAUAAUCAGAACCCAGAGUUUUAUGACGAGAUUAAAAUUGAACUUCCAAUCCAUCUCCAUCAAAAGCAUCAUUUGCUUUUCACCUUCUAUCAUAUCAGCUGUGAAAUUAACACAAAGGGGACGGCGAAAAAGCAGGAUGCUGUCGAGACAACAGUUGGCUUUACCUGGCUGCCUUUACUGAGGGAAGGUCGGAUUAUUACCACUGAACAACAGUUGCCUGUUUCUGCCAAUCUACCUGCUGGCUACCUGAAUGUUGGGGAUGCAGAGGGACGAAGGCAACCAAGUGCUGACAUAAAAUGGGUUGAUGGGGCAAAAGCUCUGUUCAAGAUCAAACUCCAUUUGGAGUCCACAAUUUACACACAAGAUCUCCAUCUCCACAAAUUUUUCCAGUAUUGCCAAAUGAUCCAAGGAGGUGCCAAGGAAGUCCCGGGAGAACUUGUUAAAUACUUAAAGUGUUUGCACGCUAUGGAGAUCCAGGUAAUGAUUCAGUUUCUGCCUGUGAUUCUUCUGCAACUAUUUAGAGUCAUCACCAACAGAACCCAGGAAGAGGAGAUCGCUGUAAACUGUACCAUGGUUCUCCUCCAUGUUGUCUCCAGAUGUCAUGAGGAAGGCCUUGACCACUACUUGAGAUCCUUCAUAAAGUACUGCUUCCGGCCUGAGAAACCUGGCACAGCCCAGGCUAAGAUGACACAUGAAAUCUUGGCUGUUGCAAUGGCAACAAUUCUCAAGCAAUCGGCGGAUUUCUUAGCUAUCAAUAAGAUGCUAAAGUAUUCGUGGUUUUUCUUUGAAGCUCUGGCAAAGUCAAUGGCUUUGUAUCUCCUGGAUGAGAACAAGAUUAAGCUCCCCAGGCCUCAGCGGUUUCCCGAAUCCUACAAUCAUGUCUUGCAUUCGCUGCUCCUUGCUAUCAUUCCUCACGUGAACAUUCGCUACAGUGAAAUCCCAGAGGAGUCACGAAAUGUUAAUUUCAGUUUAGCCAACUUCCUGAAGCGAUGCUUGACAUUCAUGGACCGAGGUUUUAUCUUCAACUUGAUUAAUGACUACAUGUCUGGAUUCAGUCCCAAAGAUCCCAAGCUUCUAGUCGAAUACAAGUUUGAAUUUCUGCAAACAAUCUGUAAUCAUGAGCACUACAUACCAUUAAACUUGCCAAUGACCUUUGCCAGACCGAAACUUCAGAGAGAUGUAAAUCUUGAGUACAGCUUAUCUGAUGAGUAUUGCCGUCACCACUUUUUAGUGGGCUUGCUCCUGAGAGAGACAUCUGUUGCCCUGCAGGACAAUUAUGACAUUAGAUACAUGACCAUCAGCAUUCUAAAGAGCCUUCUAAUAAAGCAUGCGUUUGACAACAGAUACCAGCAUAAGAACCAACAGGCCAAAAUAGCCCAGCUGUAUUUGCCUUUGGUUGGACUUCUUUUGGAGAAUAUUCAGCGCCUGGCUGGCCGGGACACCCUGUACUGUUGCACUGGCAUGUCAAGUUCUAUAUCCAGAGAUGACUUUAUGUGUAAUUUUACACCACCUUCCAAUAGGUCAAGCCUCAUUGUUGAUAAAGAAACACUUUAUGGUGCAGCUUUCCAGAAUGGGCUCACCAUUAAGAGGGACGACUCCAGAGGAUCUGUCAGCUCAGAAGGCGGGGCCGGAUCUCCUGAGCAGUGUAGCACCAAUGAAAAUAUGCGGAGGAGCUCUACACGCAGCAGUGUUUCCCAGUAUGGGCGACUGGACCAGUAUGAAAUUCGGAGCCUCCUUGUGUGUUUCCUUUAUGUAAUUAAAAUGAUUUCUGAAGAAACCUUGCUAACCUACUGGAACAAAGUAUCCCCUCAGGAACUGAUGAACAUCCUUGUCCUCCUAGAGGUGUGUCUGUAUCACUUUAGAUAUGUCGGGAAAAGAAAUAUUGCCAGGGUUCAUGAUGCCUGGCUGUCAAAGCUCAUGGGUGUUGACAGGAAGUCGCAGACAAUGCCAGCCCUUCGAAGCCGUGCUGGCACCAUGCAAGCCCGCCUCCAGCACCUGAGCAGCUUAGACAGCUCAUUCACACUCAAUCACAAUGCUGGCACCUCAGAAGCAGACAUCAUGCACCAGGCUCUGCUAGAGGGCAACACAGCCUCAGAAGUGGCUCUGACAGUCCUCGACACCAUUUCAUUCUUCACCCAGUGUUUCAAGAACCAGCUCUUAAACAAUGAUGGCCACAACCCACUGAUGAAAAAGGUUUUUGAUAUUCAUCUUGCCUUUCUGAAAAAUGGGCAGUCCGAAGCAGCCCUCAAGCAUGUAUUUGCUUCUCUGCGAGCUUUCAUCAACAAGUUUCCCUUGGCAUUUUUCAAGGGGAGGGUGAAUAUGUGUGCUGCCUUUUGCUACGAGGUCCUGAAGUGCUGCACCUCCAAGCUCAGUUCGACGCGGAAUGAGGCCUCCGCCCUUCUGUACCUCCUCAUGAGGAACAACUUUGAAUUCACAAAGCGAAAGACCUUCCUACGAACUCACCUCCAGAUCAUCAUUGCUGUGAGCCAGCUGAUAGCUGAUGUCGCACUCAGUGGAGGUUCAAGAUUCCAAGAGUCGCUGUCCAUUAUUAAUAACUUUGCCAACAGUGACAGGCCAGUGAAGGCAACUGCUUUUCCUUCUGAAGUCAAAGACUUGACCAAGAGGAUUCGGACUGUGUUGAUGGCCACGGCUCAGAUGAAGGAGCAUGAGAAGGACCCUGAAAUGUUGAUUGAUUUACAAUACAGCUUGGCCAAGUCCUAUGCCAGCACGCCAGAGCUGAGGAAAACAUGGCUAGACAGCAUGGCCAAAAUCCACAUUAAAAAUGGCGAUUUCUCAGAGGCCGCCAUGUGCUAUGUUCACAUUGCAGCGCUUGUAGCAGAGUUUCUGCACAGAAAAAAAUUAUUUCCUGCUGGAUGCUCAUCCUUCAAGAAAGUUACACCCAAUAUUGAUGAAGAAGGUGCAAUGAAAGAAGAUGCUGGGAUGAUGGAUGUUCAUUAUAGUGAGGAAGUCCUGGUGGAGCUGCUGGAGCAGUGUGUUGAUGGCUUGUGGAAAGCAGAGCGUUACGAAACCAUCUCGGAGGUCUCCAAGCUGAUAAUCCCAAUCUAUGAAAAACGGCGCGAGUUUGAGAAAUUGACUCAGGUGUACAGAACACUUCAUGGAGCUUACACUAAAAUUCUGGAGGUGAUGCAGACGAAAAGGAGGCUCUUGGGCACUUAUUUCCGAGUUGCUUUUUAUGGACAGGCUUUCUUCGAAGAAGAGGAUGGCAAGGAAUACAUCUACAAGGAACCCAAGCUGACAGGCCUUUCAGAAAUUUCUCUGCGGCUGCUUAAACUUUAUGGGGAAAAAUUUGGAGCCGAGAAUGUCAAAAUCAUCCAGGAUUCAAAUAAGGUGAAUGUCAAAGACCUUGAUCCCAAAUUUGCCCACAUUCAAGUGACUUACUUAAAGCCCUUCUUUGAUGAGAAAGAGCUUUCAGAAAGGAAGAUGGAUUUUGAAAGAAACCACAACAUCAGCAGAUUUGUGUUUGAAACACCUUAUACCUUGUCUGGGAAAAAACACGGGAGUGUGGAGGAGCAGUGUAAGAGAAGGACAAUCCUUACAACAUCCAACUCUUUCCCAUAUGUAAAAAAGAGGAUUCCUGUCAGUUACGAGCAUCAGGUCAACCUGAAGCCAAUUGACGUCGCGACAGAUGAGAUAAAGGCAAAGACAUCAGAAUUGCAGCAACUAUGUACUUCCGCUGAUCCAGACAUGAUCCAGCUCCAGCUGAAACUGCAGGGUGCUGUCUCGGUUCAGGUCAACGCUGGUCCAUUGGCCUAUGCAAGAGCUUUCCUGGAUGACCGGCACUCCAGUAAAUAUCCCACCAAGAAGGUGAAUGAGUUGAAAGAGAUGUUCAGGAAGUUUAUACAAGCUUGUGGAAUUGCACUGGAGCUCAACGAACGCCUAAUCAAAGAGGACCAAGCAGAAUACCACGAAGGACUGAAGUCCAACUUCAGAGACAUGGUGAAAGAGCUUUCAGACAUCAUACAUGAACAGAUCUACCAGGAAGACACAAUCCAUUCUUCCUGGAUGCACAACACUUUACAUGUGUUCUGCGCCAUAAGUGGGACAUCAGGGGAUGGCUACAGCUCACUCAGAUCUACUACCGACCUGUAAAAGAGCCUUAUGAGUAACUUGGUAUCUUACAGUUCUUUCUCAGGAACAUUUGCAUCUUGGCCUGAAUUUGUCAGCAUUCAAAUACGUGACCAGUAUGUAUAUGCUCAGUUUUUUUCCAAACAGGGUACUUUGCUUACUAUAAAAAAGCAACCAUGGAAGUGCCUCCUGGCUUUCUUUUAUUAAAUCUAUGCAAGAUGCCAAAAGGCACUUGUCAGAUCAUGACGUACUGAAGAAUGAACUUUAAAAUGGUAACGUGUAAAGUUGUACAAUGGAAUAUAAUAAAAUGUAAAACUGUUUUGUAAAUAA